AUGGCCGAAUCCUCGAGGCUUCACGCAUCUGGCCACUCCCCCGCGCGGGCGAGUUGUCGCCGUCAGUUCGACCUCGAUAGCGACCUCGAAGACAACGCCGCCGCCGCCGAGGAGGAUCUGCAUCUGCACGAGGCGGAGCUCGGCGGCGGCCAGGCUUACGAGCUGAAGAGCUUGAGGAAGUCGCCGACGAGGGAUGACGAUGGAUGGGGCGACGACGUGCUCUCGCUGCGGAGGCGGACGAGCACCAGCACCGUUGCCAGCUUCCAGCUCUACACCCCCGAUGAGGAGAGAUCCGUUGUUCGCAAGCAUGACCGCAAGCUGGUGCUUUUCGUAGCGCUGCUAUUCAUGCUCAGCUUUCUGGAUCGGUCGAGUAUGGCGCACCCGGAAUGA